AUGGCACACGAUAGAACAAAAAGAUUUCCAAAAUUAAUUACUCAGACACCGCCUAAAAUUGGACCUGGAACUUACGAUAUAUCGGACUUGCCAGAGCCUAAAAGGCAUCUUGCUGAUUGCUAUCCCUUUCUCUCUGGAUCAAAAAGGAGAACUAUUGCUAUAUCGAGAGAUGCCGAACGAUUACCAGGGCCUGGCACGUACAAUAUAAAAGAACCUCAACGACAUAUACCAGAACAUGCUAGAUUUAAGGAAAAGAUACCCGAAGGACCGGGUCCAGUGGAUUAUCACGUAGCUACAGAUUUAAUUAAGUCACGAAAAAUAAGAUGUCAUCCUGGCACCUGGAGAGGUCCUGCAGGAAAACUAUGGCUAACUCGACCUCCUCGUUCGAUUAUUCCAAAUCCUACGUCAAUUCCAGACAAAAAUUACACGGCGUAUAGUAUCAACGAAAAUGGAAGCUUAGUAAAGAAUCCUCCCUUCAGAAAAAAAGCAACUUUCUUUUACAACGUCCCACGAGGAGAAACAAAUGCCACCACAUUGCUCUACAAAGGAAACUUUUGGAGCAGAAUGACAGGGAGAAUCGAGCUUCCACCCUCACUGACACCAGGUCCUGGAGAUUACGAACACGAAGCGAAGAAAACAGCCGCGCAAGCACAAGAUGAAAAAGUAAGAGAAGCGAAAAGGAUAAGUUCUUGGCAGCCACGUUUCCUUGAUACAAUGUGCAGAAAAAAAACCCAAGAGAAUUUUCCAGCCCCAAAUGCGUAUAACGUAAAGGGCAAUUUCGAGAAAUUCUUCAAGAUCGAUUGCAAAUGUGACCCUUACGUCACAGAACCACCCCCUUUUGGUCAAACUGCUAAGAGAUUCGAAGAUAAAGCGGAAUCUAAUAUACCUGGUCCAGGUAAAUACGAUUCUCCUGUUCCAAUCAAAUGUACAGGCUCCAUUUACCCUGCGCCAUUUGGCACCUGUGUUGGUCGUUUUCCAAAAAUUUCUGACGACACUGGGCCAGGACCCAGCGAUUACCAUUCGAAAGUCGGCAACUUGGCAUACGAGUCAGAGAGGCGUUACCGGUACGCUUAUUUAAGACAACUGCAGCCACGGAUUUACCUCGAGACAUUUUGCUACCCAAACGAAGAGGAUUAUAAUAAUGCGUGUUCUUCAGAGAAAACUGAAGAAAAGAAGAGUGCUGUUUAUCAUGCUGCUUUCAAAUCUAAAACAGAGAGAUUCCCUAAAAUCGAAAAGACAGCUCCCGAUUCCGGCGCUUACGAGGUCUUAACGGCUUUCAAGGCAAAUCGUGAUAAAUGUGAUUUCCUCUGUCCCCGAUUAGCUCCUCCCUUCGGGACUCGCAGCAAACGACUGCCGAAGAGUCCGCGUGACAUCAAAGAUACGCCAGAUCCAACCUAUUAUAACGUGAUCACUGAUAUAUCAAAAAACGUGAAGGGUGGUGUAAUUCCAGAAUCUGAGAAGAUCGCAGAAAUUUCAUUCAGUCCGCCACCAACUCGCUACUGCAUUGAUAGAGUCGGUUAUGAAUACUUGGACAUUGAACCCGCCGGAUUAUGA